AUGGAUCUCGACAUGUAUUGGAUGGGCCUGGCCGUCUUGGGGCCGAUGGUGCUCGGGGCGAUUGGGCAUGGCGUUGUGCUUCGGGGGCUGAGACGAUGGCGAUCCGGCACGGGGCCCGUGUCUGUGACGGAGCCGAGCGCGCUAGACGCGGAGGCCAGCCGCUUCCGCACGGUCUUCCUGCGCGUCUAUCUCACCGUCAUGGCGUCAGAGUGGCUGCAGGGCCCCUACAUUUACUCGCUCUUCCGGCAUGAAAAGUCGCUUUCGGAAUGGACCGUUGCUCUGCUCUUCGUCACAUACUACACCUCUGCCGCCAUAUCAGCUCCGUUUACUGGCUGCCUCGCAGAUCGCUUUGGGCGCAGAGCUGCCUGCCUGUCCUUUUGUGCUAUUCACAGCCUUGCCUCCAUCACGGCCUUCUUUGAUUCCAUCGAGAUCCUCGUGGCUGGUAGAGUCCUGGGCGGCUUCGCUCUAACGCUGUUAUGGACCGCCUUCGAGAGCUGGAUGGUGGCCGAGUACAACGCCAGGGGCCUUGAGCACAGUUCCUUGGGAUUGCCAGCCAUGUUUGGGGCAAUGACGACCUCAAACUGCAUCACGGGCAUUCUUGCGGGCAUCCUUGGCCAUUGUAUCGUGCUCACUCUCGGCUCCAAGACAGACCCAUUCGCUCUGGGCGUGCUGCUAAAUGUUUGUGCCGUGGUCUUGAUGCUACGAACCUGGAACGAAAAUCGCGGGGUGCCCAAGGUCCUUUCCGGGGAGGAGAAGUCGGAGCUGUUACCCGCCUCUCAGACAUUGGACGCCGCGGUUGACGGUCCUAUCCUUAGCCAGAGCCCCUCGUCACAGCUGCGCGACUAUAAAGUCUGGGUACUAAGCUUCGUGUCAUGCUGCUUCGAAGGCACGAUGUUCCUGCUUGUCUUCUUCUGGCCAAGCGCCCUUCAGGGGGCACACGAUGCGGCGCUUGGGGACACUGUCGAAUCCGACUCCCUGCCUCAUGGUGUUAUUCAGGCUGCGUUCAUGGCGAGCAUGGUGCUCGGCGCAAUCCUCUUCAACACCCUCACUGGCUCAACAAUCCAGUCAAAAGAUCGCAUCUUGGAGGACACAAUAGUCGGCAGAUACUUUGGCCCGACAUCGCUCAUGUGCACUGCGCUUGUGGUCGGCUCUGUGAGUUUUCUGGUAGCGGCGUUUUGCAGAGCAGAGCUGCACAUGUUUGGCGUCUUCCUGGCUCUCGAGCUUUGCAGUGGCAUUUUCAUUCCAAGCAUGGCGCUACACCGAAGCAUUAUUGUGAGCGACAAGCACCGAACAGGCACAUAUGGCAUCAUGAAGAUCCCGCUGUUCCUGUUUGUUGUGGGCGCGCUGUGCACCACGACGGGAGCCGACCGGAAUCAACAUCAGCAGCGAGUGUUUCUGCUCUGCUCAGGUUUGUUGCUCUUAGCUGCCAUUGCUGCUAUAGUGGGUUUGAGAGGCAACAUGGACUACUCUGGGCAGAAUUUCACGAUACUAGCUACUGAUGAUUUGCAUGAGGCUGUGGCGGAAGAUUAUCUUAUAACGAAAAGCCGUGUCUGCGAAACGACAUCACCCUUCACCGAGGAGGAAGCAAAGUAG